AUGCUGCCUGACUACAGCGAUAGUCCGGUUCUUGCCGGCGUGGUUGCGCAGGGGCUCCUUCCUUCGAAGAGGGAUUGCUACCUGUUGGCGCAGACAGUGUUGAGGGGAUUUGCCAGCUGGUUUUGCUCCCGUCCUGCGUGGACAGUGGGAGAGGCCAGUGCGACCCUUCGAAAACGUUACUGCGCUGAGAUCCAGGAGAGUUAUGAUGGCGUUGCCGUCAUUCAUCGUGGAUGCAUCGAAGACUACUUUACAGAGGGAGGGCACCUCGGUCGUGUUGGAUUUGGGACCGUGUGCAGAUCGCUGUCCAAGAGCUUCGUGAACGUCCCCAUGAGCCGCAUGCUUGAGUUCCUUCCAGCCCUGGGUGAGGAGAGGGCCACGCGAGAGCACGCAUACUACAUUGUCAUGAACCUUCUGGAGGGGCCAACACUGCAAAAUUGGAUGACCGCCAUGAAGACAGCAGUUCCCGAGCGCACCUGCGCAGACUUGGCGCAGCAGAUGCUCUCGGCAGUGCACUACUUACAUCGUGUGGCUGGAGCCGUGCAUCGUGAUGUUAAACCGGACAACUUUGGCUUUGUCCGUACAGUCCGAAAUAUUGACCAGCCAGGAAACGUACAGCUCUUCGACAUGGGCUUGGCUUGGGUGCUGCCCGAAAAGAUCCAAGAGUCCAGCGCAACGGACCUCCACGAUGUUGCUCCUGGGGGCACACUGGGUUGGCUCUCUCCUGAAGCCUGGUGCGGACUCUGCGGUGCCUGCUCGGACGUUUGGGGGGUGGGAUUGAUUGUGCACACACUCCUCGUCGGAGACAUGCCGUUUGGACUCCGCAAGCUUGAGGAGGAGGUGCAGGUCCGCAAUGCUGUUUUCAAGAGCAAGUUGAACCUGAGCACCUCGAUCUGGCGCCGCGUCUCCGCGCAGGCGCGCAAAUUUGUAGACCAGCUCUUGGCCAAGGAUGUCGCGGCUCGGGCCACCACGACUGCAGCACUGAGGCACAGCUUCAUCCGAGAGGAGAACGUGCCUCCGUCAUGGAGUUCGAGGGCGUGCACCGAGAACGUGCCACCGUCACCACAGAGUCCGAAGGUGUGCACCCAGAAGUGUGGAGGCUUCUUCCCGCGCGUGGGAAGACGAAGUAUUUACUUUCACGCAGUUGACUGA